AUGGUGACACACGGCUGUCUCCCCGUGUCGCUCCAUGUCCUGGCUUGUAACGUGAGCAGCGGCAUUCCUGAGCUCUCAGGGAGUUCCUCUGAUGUGGCCAUGUUGAAGAGUGUGGAGCUCAACAAAGAGGGCGUGUCCCACCGAAAUCCGCUCUCCGCAGCAGCCAGUCCUCUAGCCGCCUGCUCCUCUCCUCUCCCCGCUCUGCUCGGUCCACACUCGGUCCACACCUCCACUGCUCUGAGCUCGGGUGGCGGCUGUAGUCUAGGCCCGCUCCCCCAGACUACCGCACACCGCUCCGCUAUGGCUGCCACGGACGUAGACGUGUUUUCGAACGAGGAGAAGAGGAGCCUGAGCUUGGGCGGCCAUGUUGGAUUCGACAGCCUUCCCGAUCAGCUGGUCAGCAAGUCGGUCACACAGGGAUUCUGCUUCAACAUCCUCUGCGUCGGGGAGACGGGCAUAGGAAAGUCCACGUUAAUGAACACUCUUUUUAACACCAUGUUUGAGAACGAGGAGGCGAGCCACUACCAGAACGGGGUUUACCUGCGGCCGCGAACCUACGACCUCCAGGAGAGCAACGUCCACCUGAAGCUCACGAUCGUGGACACGGUGGGGUUCGGAGACCAGAUCAACAAAGAGGACAGUUACAAGCCCAUUGUGGACUACAUUGACACGCAGUUUGAAAACUAUCUUCAGGAAGAGCUCAAAAUCAAGCGGUCGCUGUUUAACUACCACGACACCCGAAUCCACAUCUGCCUCUACUUCAUCGCACCAACGGGUCACUCGCUCAAAUCUUUGGACCUGGUCACCAUGAAGAAACUGGACAGCAAGGUGAACAUCAUUCCCAUCAUCGCCAAAGCGGACACAAUCUCCAAAAGUGAGCUCCACAAAUUCAAAAUAAAGAUCAUGAGUGAGCUGGUGUCCAACGGAGUCCAGAUUUAUCAGUUUCCCACAGACGACGAGACGGUCAGCGAAAUCAACGCCUCCAUGAACGCUCACUUGCCGUUCGCGGUGGUGGGGAGCGUGGAGGAGGUCAAAGUAGGAAACAAAACGGUGCGGGCGCGGCAAUACCCCUGGGGCGUGGUGCAAGUUGAGAACGAGAGCCACUGUGACUUUGUGAAGCUGCGGGAGAUGCUGAUCCGGGUGAACAUGGAGGAUCUGAGGGAGCAGACGCACGCGCGGCACUACGAGCUUUACCGACGCUGCAAACUGGAGGAGAUGGGCUUCAAAGACACCGACCCCGACAGCCAGCCAUUCAGCCUGCAGGAGACAUACGAGGCCAAGAGAAAAGAGUUUCUGGGCGAUUUGCAGCGGAAAGAGGAGGAGAUGAGGCAAAUGUUCGUCAACAAAGUCAAAGAGACGGAGGCGGAGCUCAAGGAGAAGGAGAGAGAGCUCCACGAUAAGUUCGAGCAGCUGAAGCGCAUGCACCAGGAGGAGAAGAGGAAGGUGGAGGAGAAGCGGCGCGACCUGGAGGAGGAGAUGAACGCUUUUAAUCGCAAGAAGGUCGCCACAGAAACGCUGUCCUUAUCCCAGCCACUCAAGAAGGACAAGGACAAGAAAAAUUAA